AUGUUCCUUUCCAUUCUGACUAGCCAGCCUUUUUUUCAAUCUGGUCUACAACUGCCCCGCUCCGGCGUCCUCGGGGCUUCGCCCAAGCUUCGCUCAGGCUCCUUCUGGAUUUGGGCGGCUAGCCACGGUCUUCCCAUUGCCUUCUACUUUUUGGCAGUUGCACUCUCUGCUUUAGCUCAUACUGACGGCACAGAGGGCUUGCAAAGCCACGGGAGCAUAAUCGACAAGGCCUCAACCCAUAAUGCAACGGAUUACCCAAGCACCUAUUUUGCGUACACCCAUCAUGUCAACAUAAUAUAUGCCCACAUCACAAUCAUGGUCCUAGCUUGGGUUUUUGUUUUGCCAAUCGCUGUAAUGCUUUCAAUCGCAAAGUCCAGACAUGCACCGGCUGUUCAGUUCGUCUUCGCGGCUGUCAAUGCAGUGGGUGUCGUUUUGUCUGCAGUGUAUGAUGCGAGCACACCUGACCUUUACCCCAACAAUGCGCACCAUAAGAUCGGCUGGAUCAUAACAUGGGUCAGCUCUGCACAUGUUUUUGUCACUUUUGCUGGCCGAUUUGUCAAUGCCCGGAAUAUCUCGAUUCUAAAUGGUAGCUACCAGAUACUUCACCCGUUUCUGGCCCUGUCUGGGCAUGGUCCUGCUCAGAACACCCAAGCCAAUUACUAUCGCCAGCAGGGCUGCUCACCCGAUGACAGUGGCCAUGGAACUGUCUCACAGUCACCAUCUGCUCGCAGCAGCUCCGUUUCGACCAUAUGUGCAGACGAUACCAGAUUUCAAAGCGAAAACUCCAAGGAGCACGGCGAAGACAAUGACGAGUUCGAGCAUCUGCCACUUUCAGCUACUGCCUUCCCAAUAAAACCUCCCAUAGUCAAGAUGACACGUAUUGUAUCCCACAGCGUCUGGAAGUUUGUUCAGCUAUGGUGCAGAGUAGUAGAUCGCGUCAUUUUACCGUUUGGCUUUGUCGCGUUGACUACCGGCAUUGUUACAUUUGCUCGCUUUUUCGAAGGAAACGCAAUCUUUGGGGGGCUUGCACACUGGAUCAAAGGUGGCGUCUUCUUUUGGCUUGGACUAUUCAACCUCGGCCGAUGGUCUGGCAGCUUCGCUGAGCUGGGCUGGGCUUGGAAUCUGCGGCCAAAGACCUAUGACCAGAGCUUCUGCCCUUCUGCUGAGUUUGUAGAGAGCUCUCUCAUUCUUUUCUAUGGAUCAACAAAUAUCUUCCUGGAGCACCUGGGUGGAUGGGGUGGUGAAUGGACCGCCCAGGAUCUCGAGCACCUGGCAAUCACGGUGUUGUUCAUUGGGGGGGGUCUGUGCGGUAUGCUGAUUGAGUCAACCUACAUUCGUGACUUGCUCAAUACGACCAGCAGUAUCGUACCUGCUCGUUUUGACUCUGACGAGGAGCGGGAGCAUAUCCAGGUUCCUGAGACGUGUGAGUUCUCGUUGAACCCAAUUCCUGCCUUGGUCAUUCUUCUCCUCGGCAUCAUGAUGAGUUCCCAUCAUCAGACAACGAUGACAGCAAGUAUGGUUCAUCAGCAAUGGGGAACUUUACUACUUUGGGCAUCUGUAUCGCGUGGUCUCACGUAUGUGCUACUAUAUCUGAGGCCACCAAAGUCUGUGUUUCCAUCUCGCCCACCUACUGAGCUUCUGACCUCAUUUGGUCUCAUUGCUGGUGGAAUCAUUUUCAUGGCUAGUAGUACAGACACUAUCAAUGGUAUGAUUCAUUACAACCUGGAUGCCAUGUUUCUAUACACACUUACUAUGGGAUUGGUGGGUACCCUUAUGUCCUGGGAAAUUACUGCCCUUGCGGUCAAGGGCUGGGCAGUCCGGAAAGAACUUGCUCCCGGCAGCUAG